AUGCUCGGAGGAUCGUCUAUCAAGGUCUUCUCUGGCUCGAGCCAUCCCGAAAUCGCAGAGCUCAUUGCGAAGCGAAUCGGUAUCCCACUUUCCAAAUGUGAAGUAACACGCAACGGGAUCGGUGAAACAUCUGUUCGAUUGGGCGAAUCUGUCCGAGAAGACGAUGUCUACAUUAUUGGUUCCGGAUGCGGUCAGGUCAAUACAGCCUUGAUCGAACUAUGCAUUAUGAUCCAUGCGUGCAAGAUCGCGAGCGCCAAACGAAUUACGGCUGUCAUUCCGCUGUUCCCAUACGCGAGGCAGGACAAGAAAGACAAGUCUCGCGCGCCGAUUACGGCCAAGCUGGUGGCGAAUAUGAUUCAGAGGUCGGGGUGCGACCAUGUUAUUACGAUGGACCUGCACGCGUCGCAAAUUCAAGGCUUUUUCGACGUUCCGGUUGACAAACUGACUGACUUUUUGGGUAGUCUAUACGCAGAGCCGUCGAUCAUUCAUUACAUUCGCACGAGGCUGGAUGUGAGCAAAUGCAUCAUUGUCUCGCCAGAUGCCGGCGGUGCAAAACGAGCGACGGCGAUUGCUGACCGGCUCGGAGUCGAGUUUGCGUUGUUCCACAAAGAACGCAAAAAGGCCAACGAAGUGAGCCGGAUGGUGCUAGUUGGUCAUGUGGCUGGUAAAAUCGCGAUCUUGGUCGACGAUAUGGCCGAUACAUGCGGAACGCUCGUUCGAGCGGCGCAGCACCUUGUCGAAGCCGGAGCAGAACGCACGUUUGCGUUUGUGACACAUGGCAUUUUGUCUGGGAAUGCGCUGGAGAACAUUGAGCAGAGUGCGCUCGAAAAGGUGGUUGUGACCAAUACAAUUCCACAAAAGGCAAACUUGGCGCGAUGCAAAAAACUCGAGGUGAUCAAUAUCGCCAACGUGCUUGCACGAUAUGGCCCUUCCCAACCACCACCACUCGCACCCCCAUCAUCCACCCAAUCCCCGACCCCAGCCUCCGCGACAGACCCAGACACACACAUGUCUCGCCAUCCCAGGCAUUGCGCUCUCACCCGAGGGCGAUCGACUGAUCGUGGGGGACUCGACGACGAGUUCGCAUCGGUCAUGGACGACACUGAAGAACGUGGGGGAUGGCUCGUUUGGGAGCGUAUGGCUGUGCGAUUGGCACUCGCCCUUGCCGCCCAAUACACCAUUGUCACCGAUGCAGCGUGGGCCCAAGGUGCGGCCCGAGUGGGUUGGCCGUCGGUUGGUUGCCCUCAAGUGCAUGAAGCGCCAAUGGAAGGGCGGCUGGGACGAGUGCAAGACCCUCAAGAGAUCGAGUCACUGCGCUCGAUGCCAAUGCACCCCAACAUCAUCCCCCUGUACGACUGCUUUGUUCUCCCGACCACACAAGAGCUCUAUUUGGUCUUCGAGUCCAUGGAGGGCAAUCUCUAUCAGCUUAUCAAGUCGCGCAAAGGCAAAAAGGCCCUUGCAGGCGGACUCGUCACUUCCAUCUUCCAACAAGUAGCCAGUGCACUCGACCAUGUCCAUUCCAACGGCUACUUCCACCGCGACAUGAAGCCAGAGAACCUGCUCGUUACCACCACCGGCCUUGCCAACUACAUCUCCACCUCUCCCUUGACGCCAAAUGCCCGAGAAGAAGACGUCUUUGUCAUCAUCAAGCUCGCAGAUUUUGGCCUUGCCCGCGAGACCGCCAGUCGGCCGCCGUACACCGAGUAUGUGUCCACGAGGUGGUACCGCGCUCCCGAGGUCCUCUUGCGCAGUCGCGAUUACUCCAGUCCGGUCGACAUGUGGGCAUUUGGUACUAUUAUGGCCGAGCUCCUCAAUCUGCUCCCCCUAUUCCCUGGCUCAGGAGAGAUGGAUCAGCUCAAGCGCAUCAAUGAUAUUCUCGGCGACCCCAGUGAUGCUUACGGUUUCGAUGAGAACGGUCGGAGGCGCGGGGGCGGCCCGUGGCCCCGGGGCUAUGAGCUGGGAAAACCAUUAGGCUACCAGUUUCCUCGAGUACAACUACCCCACGCCGCUUGCCCAGUGUUUUUCCAAAAACGUGCCGCGUUCACUCAUCGAGUGUAUCGAGGACUUGUUGCGCUACGAUCCAGCCGAGCGUCUCACCGCCAAGCAAUGUCUCGUCAUCCAUUUCUUGCCGAAACCGCUCCCAGGCAGCCCCAGCCUCCUCCCUUACAUCAGCGUGUGGCACCUCCCAGCACCCAUCGUCUGCCAUCCCCACGCGGUCCCGAAGAUCGCGACGCAUACACUGGCAUUCCCGCCGUAUCUCCUCGCGCCAUCCCCCCGAAUCAUGCCAUGUCCCCUCCGAGUCAACGUCCUCCGUUCCCGAACCCUCAGACGUUCCAAAACUCGAAUGCUUCUUCGGCAUCAUUCCCCAAUCCCUCGACCUCUUCGCUCUACAAUGCCACCUCGGGCGCAUCCACCUCGUCGUUUACUAAUCCUAUGCCUCCCCCCGCUCGACCGCUCUAUCAUCGCGAACGAUCACAUUCCACGUCGAAUUCCAGUUCGUUUGGCCCGCACAUGGAGAUUGUUGACCACUCGACGCGAGAAGCUGAUCUACCCAAUGUUCCCGGUUCUCUCGAAGCCUAUUCGGGCGAAGAUUCCACCGAGUGGCACAAGGGAGGUUCGUAUCAGCUCGAGCAGCGCCAUCAGCAACCCAACGGCCGCUCGCCUUACCCAAUGGAUAUCUCGGACUCUCAACCGAACGGUUCUCAGCACGGGUACAACAUGGACGUUACCAUGUCGAGCGUGUCGGUCGCUUCAAAGACAAACAGCGCAUCGAGUGGCAAGCGCGGAGUAUUCGGACUCAGGAAGCUCACUUCUGGAUUGUUUGGUCAUUCGGAAAAGUUGCCUGCUGUGGCCGAGGUGAAUAUCGGUCCGUCGGGAUCUCAAACGUCGUUGAAGCGGACUCAGUCGAAUAGUACGACCGAUGGCAAGUCGAUCAAGGACAAGGAUGUUGCGAUGGCUGCUCCCCCUGCUGCUGCUGCCCCCCCAGUUGACCGACACGAUACGAAGAAGCAGCGUAAGCUCGAGGCGCUCGAGAAGCGCAAGCUCCAGGAAGAGAGGAUGCGUGCGCGUUCCCGAGUUGUGCUUGCCAAGCGUGAAAUGAUGCUCAACAACAACGGCGGAGACUUUGCACCCGAAGACUGGACCGACCCCAUGAAGGUCAACGGCAAGGGCAAGCCCGCCGUAAAGGUUCCCAUCAUACCGACCACAUAUCCCAACUCGUCUCAGUUGUUGAGUCCGCCAGGCGGGCUGGAGCCUCCCCCGGCGAUAGGCGGCUGGCGCGAACCCGGGUGGCGAGACAGCAUGGAUGACGACCAACAAUCGAUCGCGUCCUCCGAUCGAAGACGCCUCUCGAUGGCCACCGUCGCGACCGUCGAUUCGGAUCCGGGCCCCGUUCGAACGGGGCGCCAGCGCGGCGCAUCCAUCGGCAUAAACCGCGCAACAUCCGUCUCGUCGUUGCGCGCCGCCGCGUCUGGGGGUGGAUACCCGCGCUCGGCGCGUUCGUCAGCCUCGUUCGAGCAGUUUACCGCCGAGUUUAAUUCUCGCGCGACGAUGGCUGAGGAUCCGAGCUCGCCACGCCUCAGGCUGGGCAGUUUGAGUCCCGGUCCUGGUGGGCAUGGGCAUCCCCAGGGGCAUUGGGGGAAUGGCCAGGAGCUGCCGCAGUUGGUGUUGAAUGGUCAGGCUGGGGGGCGGAGGAUGCCUGGAAUGUCGUCUUUUGCGAGUGCCAUGUCGCCCACUGCGUCCGAUUCGAUGAGGGGGUCGAUGUCCCCUGGCAGUCCGUACGAUUCAGUAGCGCUUUCGCCUCCGCCCGGUGUACGAAAUGGACCACCUGGGAUGUAUAAUCAUUUGCCCUCGUUGUUUAACCACGAUGGGCGACAACCUCAAACGCUACCCCCCUUCUCUGAACUCGUCGCUCCGCUAGAACAGCGAUAA